GUUUUUAGUCUACUUAAUUUCCCAGCCGGUUGGCGUAUCGUUUCUUUUUCCACACCUGGGAAGAUGCAUCUUGUGUUGGUGUGUUUGCUGCUGGGGCUUCUGGAGGCGUUUGGAGCUCCAGAUGCGGAUGAGAUCAAAUAUCUGCCUGGACUCUCCAAACAGCCCAGCUUCAGACAUUAUUCUGGAUACUUCAAUGUGGCGGACAACAAGCACCUUCACUACUGGUUUGUUGAGUCUCAGAAAGAUCCGGUCAGCAGUCCGGUUGUUCUGUGGCUGAAUGGAGGUCCGGGAUGCAGCUCUAUGGAUGGUUUACUCACUGAACACGGCCCUUUUUUGAUCCAAGAUGAUGGUGCAACUCUAGAAUAUAAUCCUUAUGCUUGGAACAAGAUUGCAAAUGUUUUAUACCUGGAGUCACCAGCAGGUGUCGGCUUCUCCUACUCUGAUGACAAGCAGUACACAACCAAUGACACUGAGGUGGCCAUGAACAACUACUUGGCUCUCAAAGCGUUUUUCCAGUUGUUUCCUGAGUUCAGCAAAAACGAGUUUUUCCUGACUGGAGAGAGUUAUGGAGGGAUUUACAUUCCCACAUUGGCUGAGAUAGUCAUGGAAGACAGCAGCAUCAAUUUAAAGGGGAUUGCUGUUGGAAAUGGCUUGUCUAGUUAUGAGCUGAAUGACAACUCUCUGGUCUAUUUUGCAUACUAUCAUGGACUUCUUGGGACCAGCUUGUGGAAUGACCUGCAGAAAUUCUGCUGCAAAGAUGGAGUGUGUAAUUUCUACGACAACCAGGAUGUGAACUGCUCCUCUUCUGUCAACACAGUUCAAGUAAUUGUCUAUCAGUCUGGACUCAACAUGUAUAAUCUGUAUGCACCCUGUCCAGGAGGAGUUGGCCAGAGAUUUGGCUUUGAAAAUGGCCAGUUUGUCAUCCGAGACCUGGGACACCAUUUCAUCAACCAUCAGUGGAGCAAAGCACAGAGCGAGAAAAUGCGAGGAGUGGUGUCUCUGUUUAAAUCUACAAAGCUGGAUCCUCCAUGCACAAACUCCACUCCAUCAACACUGUAUCUCAAUAACCCGCUGGUCAAGUCUGCGCUUCACAUCUCUCCUAAUGCUCUGGACUGGGUCAUCUGCAGCUCUGAAGUCAAUCUGAACUACAACCGGCUGUUCAUGGAUGUGAAGAAACAAUACCUGAAGCUUCUUGGAGCGCUCAAAUACCGUGUGCUGGUGUAUAAUGGAGAUGUGGACAUGGCCUGCAAUUUUCUAGGAGACGAGUGGUUUGUGGAGUCGCUCCAGCAAGAGGUUCAGGUGCAGCGCAGACCAUGGAUUUAUUUCAAUGGCGAGUCUCAGCAGAUCGGGGGCUUUGUCAAGGAAUUUACCAACCUGGCUUUCAUCACAGUAAAGGGUUCUGGUCACAUGGUUCCCACCGAUAAACCAAUAGCAGCGUUCACAAUGUUCAGCCGCUUCAUCACCAAACAGCCUUACUAGAAAAUACAUGCACACUCACUCAGGCCUUCUACUGUGCUUUUUAAAUCUGAAUUUGCACUGUCACACGGGUAAAAUGAUUGAAAUGUGGACCACUGACUGUUCCUCUCACCAUUUAAAAGCGAUCACACCUUCUGUUGGAGUUUUAAGUGCUUUAGUCUUGUGAACUAAAUGAACCUGCUGUACAUGCAGUAAUGAGCGAUUCACCGCCUGUACGCCACUGCUUCCAAUCAAAUGUGAUUUAAAGACAAAGAUGCGGAGUGUUUGAGUUUAAAGUCAAUCCGAUGACUAUUUUGAGCGAUGGAUGAUGCACAUAUUGCACAAUUUUAGCUUCAAUAUUAAAGCAUAAAGAGUAGCCUUUUUUAAAAGUCAUUGCACAGAUUAUUUUUGUCGUGUUUCUAUUAAUGCCACACUGUGAUGCUCAGUUUAAAACUAUUCCUGCAACCUGCGGUACGUUUUUGUGUGCUUUUAUAAGGGAAUAACAUCUGUGGCUUUCUUUCUUUUUUUUUCUCCCAAUGUUCGUUUUAAUUAAAGACCACUUUUCUAUGA